AUGGAACCAACACGUUACUUGUUUACAUAUUUAUUUACACAAAAAUAUCAAAUUUGUCGUCGAAAUAUUGAACCAUUAUGGUAUCUUAAUGAAACGACUCAAAUUAUGAAACAUGUUUGUCCCAUCUUAAUUGAGAAGUUUUAUUCAUAUCAAUCAUUUCGAUUAAUACCUUCACUAAGUUCAUCCUCAGAAGACAAAUGUGUACAAUAUGCAAAUGAUAUGAAAGAUCAUUAUCAUCAUCAUUGA